AGUGUGUCGUUUGUGUGUUGGGAAGUCUUUCGAAUACUCCUCAGUAUUUUUGGAUAAUCUCCAUGAAUCUCUCAAAGUGUGUCUGGGAGUCUCGAUCCAGGAAUCGGAUAACUGGCCAAAAUACAUUUGCCGACAAUGUCUGGACAUGGCUAAACUAUGUGUGAAGUUUGUUGGCACGAUCCGACAGAGCGAAUUGACCCUUCAAUCUCUGUACGGAGACUUGCGAGAUGUGGAGAUAAAGCCUGAAAUUGAGAUGGUGGAUAUAAAGACACUGCCAGUUGAGGUGGAAAUAGAGAGUGAUGGACUGGAGGAGAUUACAAUGAGUCGCAAGAGAUCACUGAGGAGGUCAGGGCAGAAGGAGUCUGUGAAGCCUCCGCCGAAGAAGCGAGGACGCCCUAGAAAGCAGCCAAUGCCGGAAAUUAAGUGUGAGAGCGACAUAAAGCCGUCUUCCCCGGAACCUCCGUCUCCAGUGCUGUUAGACAAGUUGUCUCCGUCUCCUACUUCCCCGCCGACAUCACCGUAUCUCCAGGAGUCCUCGAGUGACGAGGAUGAAGAUGAGGAUAAGAUCCCUGUGAAGGUAGCUAAGAAACGCGGACGUCCUCGCAAAGGGACAGUCAUUGCCAAGCGAGAAAACCCGGUGAAACGCAUAGAUCGACAGUACAAUAAAGAACUCGCAGAGGAGAACAUCAGGAAGAUUGAAGAAUUCUUCAAGAUGGACUGCAACCUGUGUCAGCAAUCCUACACGAAAUUGAGAGAUUUGCAAGCUCACUAUCGCGAGGUGCACAAGAGGAAGGGUUACGUUGUCUGUUGCAAUGUGAAGUUUAAUCGACCGUCGAAGAUUCUACAGCACUUUGAUCACCACAUGAAUCCGGAGGCAUUUAAGUGUUCAGACUGCGGGAAGUCUUUCAAGAAUAAGUACGGUCUGAGGCUCCACACGGAGAACAGUCAUACUCCACCAGAGUUGCACAAGUAUAAAUGUCCCAACUGCCCGAAGACCUUCAUGAGCAUGAUUCGGUACAAGAAGCACUCCUUUGUGCACGUGACAGACGCUGAGAAGAGCCACAUUUGUCCUCACUGCAGCAAAGCGUUCGCCUUUAAGGCCAAUUUGCAGAUUCACAUUCGGCAGAUGCAUGAGGAAGUGGCGUAUCACGUGUGUGAAAUUUGUGCGAAAAUGUUUAAGAAUAAGGAUGUCUUCUUGCGCCAUCAGAAGAUACACACUGGAGAGAAGAUCGAGAAGCUUCCUUGUCCAGUGUGUGGAAAUUCCUUCAAGUACAAGGCUCAGCUGAAGCUCCACAUGAAGCGACAUAACGACUCUGGACAGGUGUUCAGGUGUCAUCUAUGCAAUAAGGAAUCGCCCAAUAGUUUGGCUCUGCAUGAACAUAUCAAGUAUGUCCAUGUGCGUGAGAGGAAGCACAAGUGUAAUCUUUGCAGUAGCGCUUUCAAGACACCUAUUGGGCUCAGGGAACACAUGGCCACUCACACUUCCAGCCAGAUCCUCUACACUUGCCUCUUCUGUCCCAAGCAAUUCAACAGCAACGCCAACAAGUACGUGCACCAGAAGAGGAAGCAUCCUGUUGAGUACGAGGCGAUGAAGCAGAAGAAAACUUUCGAAAAUCUUUGUGACAUGGAAACAAACAAUUAUGCCGAUUGUGGGCAACGAACUGAACCGAAGGCGGGCAUCACAAACUGUCAUGGAUUUGUAAAUAACAUUUGGAGAAUUUCUAUAAAAAUGUCUCUGGCCAAUCUAGAAUUGAAGUGUGAGGUGAAAACUGAGUCAACUGCAGAUGAAGAGGAAUUGUGCAGAUUCUGUGCUCAAGGAGGAAGCCAAUAUUCAUCGAUAUUCAAAGAGAAUCUCAAUGAAUCUCUGUCUUCAUUCCUUGGAAUAUCCGUGCAAGAGUCGGACAAUUGGCCGAAAUUCAUCUGCCAGAAAUGCUGGGAAGCUGCGAAAGUGUCUGUGGAUUUCAUGUCGAGUGUCCGGAGAGCAGAAACCACUUUCCGGACUCUGUUUGGCGAGUUGGCGGAAGCGAUAGUAACAAAGCCCGACAUUGAAUUGAUUGAUGUGAAGAAUUUGCUGAUAGAUUCUGAGAUGGAGGACAAUAAUUCCGAUGAGGUGUCUCCUGAGGAAAGCCCAGAGCCUUUAGAGAAGAGACGUGGGAAACGAAGAAGAGCGACACACAUAAAAGAUACUGCAAAUCCUGCGAAAUGUGUGAAAAGGAAACGAGAGUCUGUGAAGAGUGUGAAGGCAAAGGAAGUCCUUGUAAAAUGUCGCCGAAGUCCUAGUAUUUUGGAUGAAGAGGAGCAAAGGAUUAAGGAGUUUUUCAAGUUGGAGUGUCGCACUUGCAAUGAGAGUUUUGAUAAGUUGCGAGACUUCCGAGCUCAUGGAUUGAAGGUGCACAAGGAGGAGUCCUUUAUAAUGUGCUGUGAUAAGAAGUUGGAUAAUCGGACAAAGAUAGUGACUCAUCUCAACAGCCACAUUAAUCCCAAUGCGUUCAAAUGUGAAAAAUGCGAAAAGUCCUUCCUCACCAAGAUGGGCUUGAUUAAGCAUGAGCUUAACAAGCAUGUUCCACCGGAACAGCACAUUUACAAGUGCGACAAGUGUCCCAGUACCUUCAUGACUCUCUGUCGUGCUAGGACUCACGAGGCGAAGCAUAUGAAUGAGGAGGAGAAGAGAUUUAAGUGCCCACAGUGCGAGAAAGCCUACGCCUUCAAUGCUAUGCUUAAGCAACACAUGAGACAUGCCCAUGAUGAGAGCAAUAGGCACGUCUGUGAGAUUUGCGCUAAGGUCUUCAAGUCGAAGUACACUUAUCAGAUUCAUCUGGAGAAUCACAUGGAUAACGGAACCAGAGAUUUCCCAUGUCCGAUGUGUGGGAAGGCUUUCAAGCGCAAGCGACUGCUGAAGGUUCACGUGGAGCGGCACAAUAAGACCGGGGAGAUCUUCAAGUGCGACAUGUGCGGCAAGGUGUCACCGAACAGAAAUGCUCUUAAGAAUCACAUCGAGUACAGCCAUUUGAAGGUGAGGAAGUUCGAAUGUAAUCUGUGCAGCAGCGCCUUCAAGACGGCGUUGGGACUGAAGGAACAUGUGGCCACGCAUUCCUCCAGCCAGAUCCUCUACACAUGCCUCUUCUGUCCUAAACAGUUCAACAGCAACGCCAAUAAGUAUGUGCACCAGAAGAGGAAGCAUCCUGUUGAGUAUGAGGCGAUGCAAAAAUCUAAGGCUGGCAAAUAAAAUAAUUGGCAAUGAUAAAAAGAAUCCCCCUUUGACCCCGACGUGA